GCGCAGGCGCGCGCUGAGGCCAGAGCGCCGCUGCUGCCGCCGCCGCCGUCGCCGCCGCCGCUGCCGCCAUUUUGGAUCCGCGGCCGCCCUCAGGAGCGUGAGGGGGCGAGUGAAGGAGGCAGGCCGAAGGCCGCCGUUUGCCUCCCGGCGUUCCGGUUUCCAAGCAUCGGCCGCAGCCGCCAUCCGGCCUGCGGGAUGAGGCGGCAGCCUGGCCGCGAUACGUGAGAAGAUGUUGGCCACGGACAUCCGGGAAGAGCGACCUAUGGACCGCCGGCCUGCCAUCUUUUAAGAGAAGAAAUUUUGCCACAGCACAUAACUGUGAUGGACCCUCAGCAUACUGCUAUGUUAGGGUUGGGUUCUGGUUCUGAAGGGUUUUCUGGGAAGAGCCCCUCUGCGGGUGCCACGGGAGUUAGGCGAGAAGUGGAGGUCGAUGGUAGCGCAAAGGAGGAAGAGGAGGAGAAGAAGAAGAGUUGUGAGAAGAGUGGCAGCGAUGAGGCGGGGAAAGAGGGAAGCCUGUCGGAUGCCCAGCACCAGUUUUCUGUGAAGGAGACCAACUUUUCCGAAGGGAAUUUAAAACUGAAAAUUGGCCUCCAGGCUAAGAGAACUAAGAAACCCCCCAAGAACUUGGAAAACUAUGUCUGUCGCCCUGCCAUAAAAACCACUAUUAAACAGCCCAGGAGGGUGCAGAAAGUUGGAAAGAUGGGUGAGGAGAAGAAUGAUCCAGGAUCCGCGAAGCAGGACCCCUCGAAGCUGUACAAGAAGAGCGGAGAGGCUGGCCCAGCUACGGUGGAAAGCUUGCUUGCCGAGAGUAGAAACAGAGCCAGCAGCCCAGCUUUGAAGAAGCUUUCCCCGCUGCAUUCGGACAGGCUGGAGUAUGUGAAAUCGGCCUUCUCUACUCCCAUUGGCAGCCGUGAUCCCGACUUGAAAGAGCGAGCCCAGGCCAACGGACCCCCGACGGUAUCGGAGAAACUGGCCCAGCUGAUCUCAACCUGCCCUCCAGCCAAGUCUUCCAAACCAAAGCAGAAGAAGCCGCCCAUGACGGUCGUGUCCGGAUAUGCUAAGGAUUCCGGAAAGAAGCUGCUGACGGCUGGGGCCGCGGCGGCUACUGUGACCAAGGACUUCCUGAAGAAACCGAUUUCAAGUGGCGUCCUUGGCCUCGACUUGGGCAACAAGGAGUUUGCCAAGAAAGCCCCAGGAACUGGUGGCGGUUCCGGGGGUUUGAUUAGUAAGGAAAACGGGAGCAAAAAAAAUCCAGGGCCCUGUCCAAGCAUGGCCGGGCUCACAAACAAGGACUAUGAGAAAAGGCCACCCAUCCUUAGCUGCCCGGUGGGACCGGUCAGCAAGGAAGGAGGAAAGAAACCAUUGCUUGUGACGAGCAUGGCACCGUCUGGAAUGGCCAGCAAAGACUGUGGGAAAAGGCUUCUGGGGACCAGCAGUCCCAUCGGAUUGGUCAACAGGGAUCCCGGGAAAAAAUCUCUCGGCAUGGUCAGCCCGCCCGGAUUGAUUCACAAAGACUCACUGAAGAAGCUUCCGUUACCUGGAAGCGCGGUUGGAUUAUUUAAUAAGGAUGUUGCAAAGAGACACCUGGGGUCCGACAACCCCGUCGGAUCGGUCAGCAAGGACUCGGCGAAGAAGCCGACGAGUUUUGGGAGCUCGAGCGGAUUGAUUAACAAAGACUCCGGAAAGAAGCCAUCAGCAGCCGGGCCCCCAAUUGGGUUGAUGGCGAAAGAGUCUGUCAAGAAACACAUGGGGGUGGGCAUUAUGGCCUCUCUGACGCCGAAGGACUCUGGGAAGAAAUCGAUGGGGAGCACCAAUUUGGUGGGCUUAGCCAGCAAGGACUUAGGGGCGCUGAAAGCUGACGCCGCCAACCUUCCAACGGAGCCCUACAAGCGGUGUUGUGGCAGCGGCUCAGUCCCUCUAGAAAGCCACAUGCCUGCCGGGCUUCUGAAGGAUGGGGCCGGGGGCAGUAAACCAUUUGAAAAGCACCUGGCGAGACAGAGCAAAGACAGCCUCCCCGAAAAGUUGCCGUCCCAAGUUUCCAGUGGAGGCAAAGACGGGGCCUGUGGUCAGCAGGAGAUCUCCCCCAGCGAACAGGGCCCGUCAGAGUCCUCAAAGCAAGAGAAACAUCUCCCGGUGUAUUGCACUUCUCCUGAAUUCAGGACCGCCGGAGGCGCUUCGGAGAUCUCCACCGCCAAGUCUCCAUUUAGCGCCGUAGGGGAGGGGGGCCUCCCUUCCCCUUCCCCAACCGCCUCGGUCGCUACUUUAACCCACAGCCCCCCAGUGGUUCUGUCUCAGGUCCCUUCCAACCCGUUGCAUUCAAGCCACAUGCCGGAUCUCUUAGACAGCCUGUCUGAGCAGAGCAACAAGACGCCGUCCGCCUCUGAUGGUGCCCGCUCCAGUAUGAACAGGCUGGGGAAUCCCGGCUUGUACGCGAGCAGCAAAGGGGUCGUUCGGGAGCCGAGCAACCCCAACUCGGCCUCCACGGAGGAAUCGAAACUGGGUCCUGCCCCAGGCAAGAAAGCCGGCCUGGUCAGUGAAAGCAACCUCCAUGCUUCCAUCGCCCCAUCAGUGGUCAGCUUCUCCAGCUUGUUCAACAACAAGCCCUUUCUAAAGAUGGGGGCCGUGAGCUCCUUAGGGAAAUCGAGGCAAGGCCUGGAGAUCCUGAGGGGGAGCAGUGGUGCCGACUCCCAGGGCAAGCCCUUAAAGAAACGGAAAGGGAGGAAACCCCGUUGGACGAAAACCUGCCAGUCUCCCAAAGAGCUCGAGUCAGAGAGGCCCGAGCUUUUAAAAAACGUCUCUUGCGGCCCGCUGUCCGGAAGCGGCCUGGAGCAGGCCAAGCUCUUUGAAAGCACGGGACCCCCGCCCACCUUCGCCAAACACGACUUCCUGAAGCGCCAUUUGCCCAAACUGAGCAAAAGCGGCAGCCUGCAGUCGCUCUCCCUUCUGGGCAGCAUGGAGAAGGAAUCGGGGAAGUUCUACAGCGCCCACGUGCCGACGUCCGUGGGCUGCCUGUCAGACGACUUGUUCCCCAACAUGUACAAACCCAAACGGAACCAGUCCAAAUCCAAGGAGAUGCCCCAGUUGGAAGGGCCACCCAAACGGGCCUUGAAAAUCCCCGCCUCCAAAAUCUUCUUGGCACAGUCCAAGGAAGAGCAGGAACCACCCAUCCUGCACCCGGAAGUGGAGAUCCCUUCCCUCCGCCAGAGCCUGGCGGGGGAAGCUUUCCCGAAGAAGCGAGGCCGCCCCAAACGUCAGAUCCGCUCAGGGCUCAAGAUGAAGCCGCCCGUCCUCUCUGCCGCCCCUUUCAUCACUUCCGAAAAGGCCGACAAGACAGAGGACGCCAUGGACCACCAGCUGCCGCCGCCGAGCGGGGACUUUUUCGACAGCGGCAGCCAGCUUAGCAACGCCGAAGAAAACGGAGACUCGAGCGCCGGUAGCGCCGGUAGCGCCAGCGAGCAGGAAGGCGAACCUGAGCACAAGGAAGUCAAGCGUAGCAACGGUCAGCUGGUGAAAACCAUCAUCCGGAAAAUCAACAAGAUGAAGACGCCCAAGAGGAAGAAGAUCCUCAACCAAAUCCUCUCCUCCUCGGCUGAGCCCAAUAAGGGGAAAGUCCAGUCCAAAGCCCACGGCAGCGUCUCCAGCUUGGCGGCCACCUUCAGCACCAAACUGGGCCAGCAGAUCAACGUGAGCAAGAAAGGAACCAUCUACAUAGGAAAAAGACGAGGCAGGAAGCCCAAAGCUAACUUGAACAGCCUCCUGGCGGCCGGUUCUAAUUUCGCCGUCCUGGAGACAUCAAGCCAACCGACCAGCGGAGGGAUGCUGGGACAAACCAGCACCCCUUUGCUCCCGUCCGGCCCCGGUAGCAACCCCGAGGUUCUUCCGUCUCCCGUUUGCUCCCAGUCGUCGGGCACCAGUGGAGGACAGAGCCCAAUCAGCAGCGACAUGAGCUUUGUGGAGCCCAACUCGGUGCCCUGUUUCCACCUGCACAGCCGGCAAGGGAGCGUGGUGCAGACCUUGGCGAUGCGCAAGGCCUCGCGGGCCAGGCGGAGGCUCUCCCCGCCUACCCUGCUCCCCAACUCCCCCUCCCACAUGAGCGAGCUGGGCUCCCUGAAGGAAGCCACCCCGUCACCCAUCAGCGAGUCCCACAGCGAUGAGACAGUGCCCAGCGACAGCGGCAUCGGCACCGACAACAACAGCACGUCGGACCGGGCGGAGAAAUUCUGCGGGCCCAAGAAGCGGCGGCACUCCUUCGAGCACGUCUCCCUGGUGGCCCCCGAGGCCUCGGCCGUCCUGGGCGGCCUGAAGGAGAAGCACAAGCACAAGUGCAAGCGCCGCGGCCACGACUACCUGGCCUACGACAAGCUGAAGCGGCCGAAGCGCAAGCGGAAGAAGAAGUUCCCGCAGCUGCGGGGCAGGCAGGACCCCGAUUUCCUGGCCGAGCUGGAGGAGCUGAUCAGCCGGCUGAGCGAGAUCCGCAUCACGCACCGCAGCCACCAUUUCAUCCCCCGGGACCUGCUGCCCACCAUCUUUCGUAUCAACUUCAACAGCAUCUACAGCCACCCCAGCUUCUCCCUGGACCCUCUGCACUACAUCCGCAAGCCGGACUUGAAGAAGAAGCGGGGGCGCCCCCCCAAAAUGCGGGAAGCCAUGGCCGAGAUGCCCUUCAUGCAUGGCCUCAGUUUCCCCCUUUCUGGUACGGGAUUCUACCCUUCCUAUGGCAUGCCUUAUUCCCCUUCGCCCCUGGCGGCACCCAUCGGCCUGGGCUAUUACGGACGCUACCCCCCUACCCUUUACCCUCCUCCCCCUUCCCCUUCCUUCACCACCCCGCUUCCUCCCCCCUCUUACAUGCAUGCCGGCCACCUGCUCCUCAACCCGGCCAAGUACCACAAGAAGAAACACAAGCUCCUGCGCCAGGAGGCUUUCCUGACCGCCAGCCGGGCGCCCCUUCUCUCCAUGAGCACCUACCACCCCAGCGUCCCGCCCGAAAUGGCCUACAGCUGGAUGCUGGAGCACAAACACCGUCACCGUCACAAGCACCGGGAGCACCGCUCCUCGGAGCAGUCGCCGGUCUCCCUCGAGGCCUUGGCGCCCGCCGGCUCUUCGCGGACCGUCUUGGAGUCCCUGAAGCGCUACCGCUUCGGCAAGGAGGCCGUGGGCGAGAGGUAUAAGCAUAAGGAGAAGCAUCGCUGCCACCUGACUUGCCCGCACCUCUCGCCCGCCAAGGGGCUGCUGGGGCGAGAGGAGCAGUGGGCCCGGCGGGAGACCGCCGAGAGCGGCGGCCGGACUUUGGGAUUACAGACCCCUCUGCAGAUAGACUGCUCCGAUUCUCCUCCCAACCUCCCGCUGGGGAGGUUCACUCCCAGUUCCGAGCCGCGCAGUUUUUCGCAGCUCCGCUGGCGCUACAGCAGGAAGCUGCAGCUUCUUGAUGCAUUUUUGCAAAAAUUCUUGGACGUGGUACCAAGUGACCCGAUGACAGUGGCUCUGGCCAGCGACCAUCAGAAUCUGGGUAAAAUCCAAUCCUUGUCUCUGCCUUCAGGCGCCGUCUCCCAUGGGCCUCUUGUGGAAACUGCCGAGGGGGAUGGUGGUUUGGAAUCUUGUGUCUCUCUCUACCUUCCCCUUCUCCUCUCUCCCCUUUUUUUGACCUGUCUUGAUUUACCUUCGCCAGGCACCCUUCCAGGUCAGGAGAAGCUCUCGCAGAGAUCAGGGGAGGGCACCAGUUGCAGUCCUUCCAGGAAGAGGUCUUCCUCCGAGAGCACGUCUUCCACAGUCGUCGGGAUCCCGUCGCGCGGUUCCAGAAUUGGCUCCUCCUUGGAAGAUCCCUCUGACCACCUCCUGCAGCGCCUGGCUCACCACGAGAGCCAGGGAGACCUGGACAAGGCCCUGGAGUCCGUCCUGUCCAGCGGCCCCACCCUGCCCUCGGACAGCCCCAGUCGGAGCCCCGGCCAGGAGAAACCGUGCGACCACUUGCUCCCCGGGAAUCCCUCCGGCGGCGACAGCCUCUCCCUCCUCUCGGGCCACUUGUCGAGCGGCUGCUCCCCUCACCACCACUUCAAGAGGGGCAUGGUGGAAGCCAUGCAGAGCCAGACCCGCCGGAUGUGCAGUUACGACAAGAUCUUGGCCACCAAGAAGAACCUGGACCACGUCAACAAGAUCCUCAAGGCCAAGAAGCUCCAAAGACAAUCGCGGACCGGCAAUAAUUUUGUGAAGCGCCGGCCAGGGAGGCCCAGGAAGUACCCCUCCGCGCCGGCCGUGGUCUCCUCCCACGGGAUCCAGGCCAGCCGGUUCAUCGGCCCCGAGCUCAGCGGCAUCAGGGAGCCCGUCUGUCUCCUCCACCACGGUCCCGACACCGUCACCGACGCCAUCGAGUCGGUGGUGCAGGGCGUGAACGAGAAAGGGUCGAAGCGGAAGCGGUGGCUGGAAGAAGAGCAGAUUAGGAAGAAGCAGAAGCCGCUCGCCGCCGAGGAGCAAGAGAGCCCUAAAAGCUUUUCAGAAGCCGCGCCUGACCCUCUUCCUCCCCCUCCUCCUCCCCCUCCUCCCCCUCCCCUCCCUCCCCCUCCUCCCCCCUCGGAGGCUGCUGGGAAGCCCCCGGAGAAAGUCGAAGGGCUGCCGGCACCCGUCGUCGUCCAGCGCGAGAAGAAGGCGGCCCGUCCUCCGAAAAAGAAGUACCAGAAGGCCGGCCUCUACUCGGACGUCUACAAGACCAGCGACCCCAAAAGCCGCUUGAUCCAGUUAAAGAAAGAAAAACUGGAAUACACGCCCGGAGAACACGAGUACGGCUUGUUCCCUGCGCCUAUCCACGUAGCGCAAUCAUUAAAUCAUGAGGUACCGAUGAUUCCCCGGCCUCAUUACACCCAACCUGGCUGCGUUUACUUCAUCUGUCUGUUGCGAGACGAUCUCCUGCUCCGCCAAGGAGACUGCGUGUACCUGAUGCGAGACAGCCGAAGGACUCCCGAUGGCCACCCAGUCCGGCAGUCGUACCGCCUGCUGUCCCACAUCAACCGCGAGAGGCUGGAUAUCUUCCGGAUUGAGAAGCUGUGGAAAAAUGAGAAGGGGGAACGCUUCGCCUUCGGCCACCACUACUUCCGCCCGCACGAAACCCACCACUCGCCCUCCCGCAAGUUCUACCACAACGAACUCUUCCGGGUGCCGCUCUACGAGAUCAUCCCUCUGGAGGCGGUGGUAGGGAUCUGCUGCGUGCUGGAUCUCUACACCUACUGCAAAGGAAGACCCAAAGGAGCGAAGGAGCCGGACGUAUACAUCUGCGACUACCGGCUGGACAAGUCGGCCCACCUCUUUUACAAGAUCCACCGCAACCGCUAUCCGGUCUGCACCAAAUCCUACGCCUUCGACCACUUCCCGAAACGGCUGGCGCCGAAAAGAGAUUUCUCGCCUCAUUACGUACCAGACAACUACAAGAGGAACGGAGGCAGGUCCUCUUGGAAGUCCGAUCGCGCCAAGCCCCAAACGAAGGACCUGCCUCAGGAGGAGGAGCCUGUCCCGCUUCCGGAAGAGGGGAUCGCCCACCCCGAGCCCCCUCCGGGAGAGCCGCCGGCCCACCCCGAGGAGCCCGAGAAAGAGGCGCCUCCCCUGGAGAACGUCGAGCUGGAUAAAAAGGCCGAGGAGAGCAGCCCGGAGCCCAGGGAGCCCUGCAGCCCGGAAGAACGCCGGCACCUGCAGCGGGAGCGGCUGAACCAAAUACUCCUCACCCUCUUAGAGAGGAUCCCAGGAAAAAACGCCAUCGAUGUCACCUACCUGUUGGAGGAAGGCUCCGGAAGAAAGCUGCGACGUCGCACCCUCCUCCUCCCUGAGAGCUGCAGCAGCAGCAGCGGCAGCAGGAAGUGAACCCCGCAAGCAUCGUCGUGUUUUUCUCCCCCCACCCCACAUUCCCCCCACCCCAACCAACCAACAACCCUUUCACACACACACCCCCACCCCCUGGCAGCAAGGGUGUGCAAAUUUGCGGUUCGUCCGGUCAACCGGGCGUAUGCGUGAGACUGACAGCCGGGGGGGGGGGAUUUUUUUGGACCUGCGUCUCUCGGCCCCCUCCCUGGAGGAAGCAACGGAGACGGCCGAGCGGAAGGAAACUGACGAGGCGGUUCUGUAGCACUUAAGAA